CCCUCUUUCCGCCAUAUUUCCCGACACGAUUAUAAGCUCUGGUUUAAACCAUGGAAGCAGCGAACGAUCCCGCAGGCUUUUUGCGGAGUCCUAAUCUCUGAAACAAUUGAGCUUAAACUUAGGGAUUAUUAUGGACAAUCUAAGGAGAUCGACGCUGGUGUAAUGAAAUACAGGCGAUCUGGCAGCUCCAAAGGCUUCGAUUUUUAUUACCCUCAAAUAACCACAGAUGGUGGAUGCAGCACAACCAAACCGGCCUCAUUUUAUCUACUCGGAAACUGUUGA